CCCAGUCGAAGAUUCGCCGCGGCGACGAUGCAGAAGGACGCGCUCUCGACGCGCUUCCUCGCGGGCGCCAUCGCAUCGUCGACGGCCGAGAUGGCGACGCUGCCCGUCGACAUCACCAAGGUCCGCCUCCAGGCCCAAGGUAUGGCGGCGCGCCAGAGCGUCCAGUACACGGGGAUGGCCGACGCCAUGGCCAAGAUCGCGCGACUCGAGGGACCGUCCGCGCUCUGGAAGGGGGCACAGCCGGCCGUCGCGCGGCAAAUCGUCUACUCUAGCAUGUGCAUGGUGCUCUACGAGCCAUUCCGCGACGCCAUCGUGCGUGCGAGCCAGCCGAAACAUGGCGAUCGUACAGGCCACACGACCAUGUCGUUCGCGCAAAAGCUCAUGGCCGGAGGGCUCGCCGGUGCGAUUAGCAUCAGCAUUGCCAACCCCGUCGACGUCAUCAAGGUGCGCAUGCAAGCCGACCGGUCGGGGACUCUCUACAAGGGUCUUGUGGACGCUGUCGGCAAGAUCCAUGGCGCCGAGGGCUGGCGUGGCUUCUUGAACGGUCUCGGCCCCAACGUUACCCGCGGCUUCAUCGUCAACGCCGCCGAGCUGGGCGUGUACGACCAAUGCAAAACAACGUUGAUUUCGCUGGGUCUGGUCAAGGAGGGCGGGAUUGGCGCGACGUUUGGGUCGAGCCUAGUCGCGGGUCUGGCCGGCGCGCUUGCGUCCAACCCAGUCGACGUGGUCAAGACGCGACUCAUGACGCAGCCGUCCGGAACCAACGCCUUGUAUACGAGCGCGCAUCACUGCGCGUACAAGACGUUCUCGGACGAAGGGUUGAAAGCGUUCUACAAGGGCUUCUUGCCCAACUGGAUGCGCAAAGCGCCGUGGUGCGUCGUCUUCUUUGUGACGUACGAGCACGCCAAGGGCUCGCUCGUCGUCGCGCCGUCCGUGCCGGCCCCGGCUGUUGUCGGCGCCUCGGUCGUCGUCGCGUCGUCACAAGAGUAGUGGAUUGAAUCGCGGUUUCUUUUCAUUUUCAUUUUUCAUGUUGCAUUCGAAACGCGACAGCUGCACAUUCCUA